UUUAUCAGAGUUUGGUGUCUCCACCAGUUUGCCAGGCUCUCGGGUCGUUUCGUCCUGCAUCCGUUUGUCUUGCUGUCUCUUGUUAUUGUGGGUGGUUGAAAAAACCCGUUAAAACCUCAGCCAAAAUGGAGGCCAUCAAAAAGAAGAUGCUCAUGCUGAAGCUGGACAAGGAGAACGCACUGGACCAGGCCGAGCAAGCUGAAGCAGACAAGAAAGCGGCUGAGGACAGAAGCAAGCAGCAUGAAGACGAACUCCUGCAAAUGCAGAAGAAGCUGAAGGGGACGGAGGACGAGCUCGAUAAAUACUCUGAGGCUCUGAAGGAUGCUCAGGAGAAGCUCGAGGUGGCCGACAAGAAGGCUGCCGACGCUGAAGCAGAAGUGGCAUCCCUGAACAGACGUAUCCAGCUAGUGGAGGAGGAGUUGGACCGAGCUCAGGAGAGACUGGCGACGGCUCUGCAGAAGCUGGAGGAGGCUGAGAAGGCUGCUGAUGAGAGCGAGAGAGGCAUGAAGGUGAUUGAGAACAGGGCUCUGAAGGAUGAGGAGAAGAUGGAGCUCCAGGAGAUUCAGCUGAAGGAGGCGAAACACAUCGCAGAGGAGGCUGACCGCAAGUACGAGGAGGUGGCUCGUAAGCUGGUGAUUGUAGAAGGAGAGCUGGAGCGUACAGAGGAGAGGGCAGAGCUGGCUGAGGCUAAAUGUGCCGAACUGGAGGAGGAACUGAAAAACGUCACCAAUAACCUGAAGUCUCUGGAGGCCCAGGCUGAGAAGUACUCUCAAAAGGAGGACAAGUAUGAGGAGGAGAUCAAGAUCCUGACCGACAAGCUGAAAGAGGCUGAGACCCGAGCUGAGUUUGCUGAGAGAUCUGUGGCCAAGCUGGAGAAGACUAUCGAUGAUCUGGAAGAUGAGCUUUAUGCACAGAAACUCAAGUACAAAGCCAUCAGUGAGGAACUGGACCACGCCCUCAAUGACAUGACCUCUAUCUGAACGUCCUGAAGCUCCUCCGUCCUGUCAGGUUGUGGUUUCCAAACUUAGCCCUUCACUGGUGAACAACAAACCAACCCCCCCCCCCCCCCCCCCCCCCCCAAUGUUUCAUCCAUCUCUCCUCAUUCUUCAACUGUCGUACUGUUGAAAUCUGUGCCUUUCUCAGUGUCUCUGCUGUUCCUUUUCAAUCAGUCUCUGGAAUUUACAGGCCAUUGUUCAUUGUAUGUUUUUUUUUCUUUGUUUUUUGUCUUUUUUUUCUGUCUAAUUUCACUCUUCACUUGUAAUUCAGCAUCAAUUCUGUUCUGUACCAGCAUUAAACAGCAGAGGGAAGAAA